AUGGGCGCCAAACUGUGCAAAAUCUUGCAUCGACGCCGGCAUACUGAGACUGUUGACAUCAAUCAGUCUUUUGAUGCUUGUGUGCCGAGGGUAAGUAUUUCCCUUUUAGGUAUGAAGCAGGAGCUGCUGAGAGACAUCCAGAAGGAGAUGAGGAUAGCAGCAGGGGCAGAAAAGCUGUACCGUGUCACCAAGGACAGACAGACCAAAGCCCAGGUGAAGAAGCUGAGGACGAGCAGUGAGAAGAAGGUGAAAGCCCUUUACUCCGCUCUCCUCAAGCUCAAUGAGGAUAUAGCUCAGAGGGAAGCAGAGAAUGCUCCAGAUGCAGUACCGGAGAAUACCAGUGACACCGGGGUAAACAUCCAAGCAAGAGAGAUCACUGCGCCUGAGGUUCAGGUCAUUUCAGAACCUGCCAGUGAUACUUCCCAAGUGAGUAUAUUACACUGA